AUGCGCAAUAGAGUCGCCGUGGUCAAAAAGUUGGAGCGAAGGGCAGGCCCUGAGCAUCCGAGGACUGUCAAGGCAAGAGAAGCUCUGUGGUCUGCGUUACGGCGUUCCGGAGCGGAACAGGAAGCUGAAACAGAACUGGGUUCUGACAGUGGGAAUACUACGGCAUCUUACCCCCGCAUCGUCGGCAUCACCCAACGUCAUAUGCUUCAGCUUUCGAAGUCAGUAGAGUCAUCACCAUGGCUGCAGCACAGGUGGAGCAACCCGAGGAGGGGAAUUGGGAUGCUCAAACGCUCGUUGACGGAUAGCCUGGGCCAAUUCAAUGGAAGCUGA